AUGUCCUUUCCGUGUGAUUAUUUCCUGCCUUUGCCGAACAGUGAUCGCUCAGGCGUGCGGCAGACGAUGGCAGACUAUCCCCAGACAGUGGCCUUGACCAAAUCUGCUUGGCGAAUGCUCCGCGAGUCCCUGCGUUUCUGGAGCGAGCACUCGGAGCGUAACUGGCUGGUGUCCCUGCUCGCCAGUUUAGGUGUGCCACGUGAACAGAGAGACUUUGUGGGGCGCUGGCAUGCUGCGUCAUCCUCCGACGAGUACAUGCGCACUGCUAGGCAGAUCGUCUUGCAACUGCAAAAGGCAGCUGUGCGUGGUCUGGCUGAGAACGCUGAGUUAUGCCGUGCCCAGGAGCAAAAGCUCUUGCUCACCUUGACUGAAGUAGCGACGCCGCUGCAGCCUGACAACGUGGCCGGCGCUCCGAGCGACCUGCCAUGGCCCGCCAUUCCUGAAGCUGACGCAGUUGCACAUCCGACUGCUGAUGAAGAGGCUCCAUACUACAUUUCCGUGGUCGGCAAGAGACGUUUCCGCCGCUUCCAGCGCAAGGGCGGUUGUGGCACAGUUCCUGGUGGCCUGCACGAGAUGAUCCCAUUGCAGCACCUGAGGGGAGCGGAAUACGAUUUUGCCUGCAAGCAUUGCGGGCGUCGGGGCAAAGCCCCGGACAAGGCUGCUGAGCUGUCCGAGGGCAGCAGUAGCGAAGGAAGCUCAUCUUGCAGUUCGAGCAGCGAAUCUGCUACGGAAGCGGAGUCGGACGGCGAGUAG